AUGGCGCCGGCCGCCGCCGCCGGCGACGCGGCGGCGAUGGACUUCGGCGGGCUCCUCCGUGCCGUGCCCGCGGCAGUGGUCCGCCCGGCGAGCGCGGACGACGUGGCCAGCGCCAUCCGCGCGGCGGCGCUGACGCCGCACCUCACCGUGGCCGCCCGCGGGAACGGGCACUCGGUGGCCGGGCAGGCCACGGCCGAGGGCGGGCUGGUCCUCGACAUGCGCUCGCUCGCCGCCGCGACGUCGUCGUGGUCCUCCCGCCUCGGCGGCGCGCAGCAGACGAUGCAGCUCGUCCAGUGCCCGUCCGAAGGCGGCGGCGGCCACUGCUACUUCGCCGACGUGCCCGGCGGCGCGCUCUGGGAGGAGGUGCUCCACUGGGGCGUCGACAACCACGGGCUGGCCCCGUCAUCCUGGACGGACUACCUCCGCCUCACCGUGGGCGGCACGCUCUCCAACGGCGGCGUGAGCGGGCAGUCCUUCCGCUACGGGCCCCAGGUGUCGAACGUGGCCGAGCUCGAGGUGGUCACCGGCGAUGGCGAGUGCCGCGUCUGCUCGCGCUCCUCCCACCCGGACCUCUUCUUCGCCGUGCUCGGCGGGCUCGGCCAGUUCGGCGUUAUCACGCGCGCACGCAUCCCGCUCCACAAGGCGCCCAAGGCGGUGCGGUGGACGCGCGUGGUGUACGCGAGCUUCGCUGACUACACGGCGGACGCGGAGUGGCUGGUGACGCGGCUCCCCGACGCGGCGUUCGACUACGUGGAGGGCUUCGCGUUCGUCAACAGCGACGACCCCGUCAACGGGUGGCCGUCCGUGCCCAUCCCCGGCGGCGCCCGCUUCGACCCGUCCCUGCUCCCCGCCGGCGCCGGCCCCGUCCUCUACUGCCUGGAGGUGGCCCUGUACCAGUACGCGCAGCACCGGCCCGACGACGACGAGGACCAGGGGGAGGGGGUGGCGAGCGUGAGCCGCCGGAUGAUGGCGCCGCUCAAGUACGUGCGGGGCCUGGAGUUCGCGGCGGACGUCGGGUACGUGGACUUCCUGUCCCGCGUGAACCGGGUGGAGGAGGAGGCCCGCCGCAACGGCAGCUGGGACGCGCCGCACCCGUGGCUCAACCUCUUCGUCUCCGCGCGCGACAUCGCCGACUUCGACCGCGCCGUCAUCAACGGCAUGCUCGCCGACGGCAUCGACGGGCCCAUGCUCGUCUACCCCAUGCUCAAGAGCAAGUGGGACCCCGACACGUCGGUGGCGCUGCCGGAGAAGGGCGAGAUCUUCUACCUUGUGGCGCUGCUGCGCUUCUGCCGGCCCGGCGGCCCGGCGGUGGACGAGCUGGUGGCGCAGAACGGCGCGAUCCUCCGCGCCUGCCGCGCCAACGGCUACGACUACAAGGCCUACUUCCCGAGCUACCGCGGCGGGGAGGCGGAGUGGUCGCGCCACUUCGGCUCCGCCAGGUGGAGGCGCUUCGUGGACCGCAAGGCCCGGUACGACCCGCUGGCGAUCCUCGCGCCGGGCCAGAAGAUCUUCCCCCGCCGGGCCCCGGCUGGGCGUCCGUCGCGCGCCGUGUAG